GAUAAAGAUUCAUUUUUUAAUUGAAAAAGAAGACAGAACUCCAUGUUUACUGUUACUUGCAACAUACUCCCAAAGAUCACACGACCACCAAUCAUCAGAGCAACAAUGGAGUUGUCUGCUAACUCGAAUACCACCGAUGGCUGCCAAAACAUCUUGAUGAUGCGUCACGGUGAUCGCAUUGACCAAGUCAACCCACUCUGGCUCGAAACAGCUUCGAGACCAUGGGACCCUCCGCUCGUUCACGACGGUAUGGUUCGUGCGUUUCGAACUGGUCAACGUAUUCGAUCUCAGAUACGGUUUCCUAUCCACAGGGUCUUCGUCUCUCCCUUCAUCCGCUGCGUCCAGACUGCUUCAGAAGUAGUCAACGCUCUCUCAGCCGUUGAUUUGGACCCUAACGCUACAACGUCUAAAGACGUCCUCUCCAUCGACAAAUCCAAGCUCAAGGUUUCUAUUGAGUUUGGGUUGAGCGAGAUGCUGAACACAAUAUCUAUCAAGCCUGAGAUUGUCCCCAAAGAUAGAAAAUUCGAGUUCUUGAUUUCAGAUCUUGAAUCUUUGUUUCCUGAGGGAAUGGUGGAUCAUAAUGCGGUUCCUGCUUAUAAAGAGAUGCCACUAUGGGGAGAGACUGUACAAGGAUGUACAGAUCGAUUUCUUAGUGUGGUGAACACUCUUGCUGAUCAGUAUCCUUCAGAGAACUUGCUCUUAGUCACUCACGGCGAAGGAGUAAGGACUACAUUUGCAACAUAUAAAGAAGUAGAUGUGUACGACAUUGAGUAUUGUGCCUGUGCUGAACUGAGAAGACAGGUCUCGGGUCAAGACGGGUCUACUAAAGCUGGACACUUUGAGGUCAUUACAGGUCUUGGUCAAUCGGGAAUCAAGUAUCAUUAACUAAAACAACAGAGCAAUGAUCAUGUCCUUAGACAAACACCGGUUUAGUAAAAUGUAUUCGGAAGAUCAUCAUGUCUUUGGAAACCUAACCGGAUACUGGAUAUCUAGAAUUUUUCGGUUAACCUGCUUUGGACUUCAUUACAAAAGGAAAUAUAUAAAAAGAACUCUUUUGAAGUCCGUCCAAGAAAAUUAAUAAAAGAUAUAUUAACUGCCUUC